GCCCCAGCGCCAGUUCCCCCAUCGCCAUGGUGCUGAGCUCCCCGCCCGAGGAGGGCACUGUGUCCGUCAUGGUGCGUGUGCGGCCCCGCUGUGAGCAAGAGCGGGCUGUGCAGCCCGUCCUGCACGUUGUGGACCAGCACAUGCUCAUCUUUGACCCUGAGGAGCCCAGCGGACCCCUCGGCAGCGUGCUGCCCACCCGCGGGCCCAAGCACCAGGGCAAGGACCUGAAGUUCAUCUUCGACCGGGUUUUUGGGGAGAAGGCCACGCAGGAGGAGGUGUUCCAGCACGCCACCCGUGACAUGUUGGAUGGUGUCCUCAAUGGAUACAACUGCUCUGUGUUUGCCUACGGCGCAACGGGAGCAGGAAAAACCUACACCAUGCUGGGCUCGGAGGAAAGCCCUGGCAUCAUCUACCUCACCAUGGUGGAGCUGUACAAGAGGAUCGAAGCCAGAAAGGAGGAGAAGAGCUGCGAGGUCCUCGUCUCCUACCAGGAGGUGUACAAUGAGCAGAUUCACGACCUGCUGGAGCCCAAGGGCCCUCUGGCCAUCCGGGAGGAUCCCGAGAAAGGCGUCGUGGUUCAGGGUCUCUCCUUCCACAAGCCUGCAUCCGCAGAGCAGCUCCUGGAGAUGUUGGCCAACGGCAACAAAAACCGGACUCAGCAUCCCACCGAUGCCAACGCCACCUCCUCCCGCUCACACGCCAUCUUCCAGAUCUACGUGAAGCAGCAGGACCGUGUCUGUGGACUCAGUCAGGAUCUGCAAGUGGCCAAGAUGAGUUUGAUCGACCUGGCAGGCUCGGAGCGAGCUUCAGCCACCAACGCCAGGGGAGAGCGGCUUCGGGAGGGGGCCAACAUCAACCGCUCGCUGCUGGCCCUCAUCAACGUUAUCAAUGCGUUGGCUGAUGCAAAGAGCAAGAAAGCCCACAUCCCGUACCGGGACAGCAAGCUCACGCGCUUGCUGAAGGACUCCAUUGGUGGCAACUGCCGCACCAUCAUGAUCGCGGCUGUGAGUCCCUCCGUGCUGGCCUAUGAGGACACCUACAACACGCUCAAGUACGCCAACCGUGCCAAGGAGAUCAAGCUGUCGCUGAAGAGCAACGUGCUCAGCUUUGACUGCCACAUUAGUAAAUACCCCGUGAUCUGCGAGCAGCUGAAAGCGGAGAAGGAAAAGAAGAGGAAAGGGAAGAGCCAAGGUUAUCACCACCCUUGGAUGGAUGAGGAGGGCAGAGCGCUCAGGGCAGGCA